AUGACCCUGGCUAGAGGAGUCAGUGUCGGUGGAGAAGCCACAGGGUGCAAAUCGAGAAGUCAGAGACACGUUAUUGUGAUUUCCGCGAUAUUACAAUUGAAGGCUCGUCUGGGAUUGGACAAGACAGGGUUUGGUGUCACGUCGAUGGAUAUGGAAGACAACAAUAAACGGAAGUGGAACAGAAGCAGCGAGGACAAGGAAACCGCUGUUCUCCAUCCACGACCAACGCCACAGACCAAGCCCAAAGAACUCGAUGGUUACGUGGGUUUCGCGAAUCUGCCUAACCAAGUCUAUAGAAAGAUCGUCAAAAAGGGAUUCGAUUUUACUCUGAUGGUCGUCGGCGAGUCAGGACUAGGAAAAUCCACUUUGAUCAAUUCCAUGUUCCUCGCUGAUAUAUACAGUGAUGAGUAUCCUGGUCCUAGCUUUAGGAUGAAGAAAACCGUAGCCGUAGAGGCUAGCAAAGUAUUGUUAAAGGAGAACGGUGUAAAUCUCACGUUGACCGUCGUUGAUACGCCCGGAUUUGGCGAUGCGGUCGACAACAGCAAUUGUUGGGUACCGGUGAUCGAAUAUAUCGAAUCAAAAUACGAGGAGUUCCUGAACGCCGAGUCUCGUGUAGUGAGACGGCAGAUACCAGACAGUCGAGUACAUUGUUGUCUCUACUUCGUCGCACCCUCCGGUCAUAGUUUGAAGCCGUUGGAUGUAGAGUUCAUGCAACGUCUUCACGACAAAGUUAACAUUAUACCUGUCAUCGCGAAGGCGGACACCAUGACGCCAGACGAAUGUGCUCACUUUAAGAAACAGAUUUUGAACGAGAUAGCGCAACACAAGAUAAAAAUUUACGAGUUCCCGGAAGUGGAGGAAGAAGGAAAAAGUAAACUGCAUAAAGUUCUUAGAGAAAGAGUGCCGUUUGCGGUGGUGGGAGCAAACACCGUGGUCGAACACGAUGGUAGGAAGGUUCGUGGAAGGAAGUAUCCUUGGGGAGUUGUAGAAGUGGAAAAUUUGGAUCAUUGCGACUUCGUAGCACUCCGAAACAUUGUGAUUAGGACGCAUUUGCAAGAUUUAAAAGACGUGACAAAUGAUGUACAUUAUGAAAAUUUCCGACGUCGCGCGUUAACCGGCGUUGGAGUGGAUGGAAAACCAACAAAAGUCGCCGAUAAGAAUCCGCUGGCUCAGUUUGAAGAAGAGAAAAGGCAACAUAAUAAUAAAAUGAAGAAAAUGGAGAUUAAUAUGGAGCAGGUGUUUGAAAUGAAAGUCACAGAGAAGAAGCAAAAACUUAAGGACUCAGAAGCGGAUCUACAAAGAAAGCACGAACAAAUGAGACGCUCUUUGGAACAACAAGUACGUGAAUUAGGGGAAAAGAGACGAGCAUUUGAGACUGAAAAGUUAGCAUGGGAGCAACAGACUGGACACAGUAUAGAAGAAUUACGUAGACGCAGCCUAGAAGGUAAUUCGAAAGAGGCUGUCGGCGGUAAGGAUAAGGAGAAUAAGAAGAAAGGACUAUUCCAAGUCAACUUCAGAAAGACAACGGUGAAGAGUGAGCUUAAGGGCUGA